CUGGUUGCCGCGUGCAAUACCCUGUCAGUGGAAAAAGUUUCAGAUGGCAAGAUUGAGACGUUCUUGGAACCAGUGAAACUACAAGGCAUUUCGUUUACCAAGCGCUAUAUGAACACAAGUGUGCCGACCAUGGUUAGAUUCAACGUCACUACCACGCUAGCGUCAGAUGAUUUGACUCUAUCUUGGCUAUUCGAUGGGGCUCAGCUGAAUGUGUUGCGCAUUAAAGGUCCUUUGCCUGAUAAUCCGGGGACAGCAUACAGCACGGAAUUACAGGGUGAAAAUUCAGUGGAAAUCACCUUACAUUUAAGGGAUAAAAGUCUUUCUGUUGGAAACUACACGCUGGUUGUCUCAGCCACCACGGAGGCGGUGACUCAGUCAGCACAGGCCAGUGGAUUUGUGAGAGCUGCACCCAUCCUGCCACUGUUUCCAAAAGACCGGCGUGUAUUGGAAGGUGAUCGCUUGUUAAUCUCUUGCGAGGUCAUAGCUUUUCCGAAACCAGACAGAGUUAUCUGGAGAUUCGCCCCGAUCAAACCAGAUAUGAUGAAGGAUUCGGAUGCAUUGGUAGAAGCUAGAGCUGACCUUGCCUUGCUAGGCGAAAACUCCUCCGAGUAUCAGUUUCUUACCAAGAGUGUGCCCAACGAUCAGUUGCUGUUUCCGCAGUUGCCCAGCGCUUAUAAUGGCCUUUAUGAGUGCAGUGUCGGAGACCCUGAAAACGGGGAUGAGUCGCUUAUCCUCGUCAACGUGAAAGAUCGAUGGGCUGCUCUCUGGCCAUUCAUCGGCAUAGUCAUUGAGGUUGCUGUAUUGGUCACGGCAAUUCUUCUGUACGAACGACAUCAGAUGCGCUCGAAGCCGUUGAAGGUGGAUGCGAAUGCAACGGCCACCACGGCUGCAACAACCACUGAGGCCUCAUCCCCUGGUAUGAACCCAAGAACUACUCAAAUCCAACAACAAAAUAAUAUCAACGCUGUUGGAGAACCAAACAACGAGACCACCGUAGACGGAAACAAGGGAUCAAAUGCAGAAGCCGGUGACAACAAACCGGAUGAGCUACGUCUUCGUGGCGGUGUUGCACGCUGUUGACACCGCUCUUNGUUGCACGCUGUUGAGCACCGCUCUUCCUUUUAUCACGGGUUCUUCGCCAUUUGCAUGUUCCAUUGGUCAGCACCUCGUAAAUUCCAUCGAACAGUUUUUUCGGAGGACUAGUACAAACUUCCCAGAGCCUCGGCGAUAGCUCCAUCGCUAAAUUGUUGUCCGAUUACACUACUGUUCAUGUCGGAUUUUAUCGUUUCCUUUUUGCCCUGAUCUUGUUCACAAUCAACUUCUGUACGUGUUGCAUUGCAUUAUGUGGAGUUGUAAUCCACUCCCUCAAAUUCCCCAUCACGAUGUCCGCUGAUUCCUACCAUCUCUCGUGUGGUUAUUUUGUGAUUAUUGGCCGAGUUCAUUCUAUAAUUAGCACCAUAACGGACUGGUACUUUCCCCUGAUUCGGAUGGACAACGUUCACCCCC